UUUGUGUACUUGUGUAGGUGGUAGGCGCUUGGUUUUGUAGUGUUUCGUCUUAUUUAAUUAAUUAGAAUAAUUGAAAAUGAAGUGGUGGAAUAUUUUAUUGAUAGUGGCUAUGUUUAGUUUACUAUUUAUCGUGAUUCCUAUUUCCUAUAAGUCGGGCAAUAGUAAACAACAGUUGCAAUUAAUGUUUGAUGAAUACAUACAAAAGUUUAAUAAAACUUAUAAAAACAACCCAGAAGAGUACGCAACGAGAUUUGAGCACUUUACGGCUUCUUUACAAGAAAUAGAGCAGCUUAACAGCCAAUCCCGUGGCUCCGACACCCAAAAGGCUCGGUACGGCCUGACACACCUCUCCGACAUGUCCAAAGCCGAAUACAGAGAGUUGCAUCUCUCCGAUGAACAGCUAAAAAAGUCCCCGCGCGAGUAUAAUCAGACAUGGAGCCGGUUUAGAGAACAGCAACGGAUGGAGCACUUGAAACAAAUCGGGCCGUCUUAUGUGAGGACAAAAAGGGCAGCUGGCAGUAUACCGUUAACAGUUGACUGGAGAACAAAAGGCGUGAUAGGGCCAGUUCGGAGCCAGGGCAUGUGCGGUGCCUGCUGGGCCUUCAGCACUAUUGGCAUCGUCGAAGCCAUGGCUGCCAUCAAGACUGGCAAGCUCGUGCCGCUCAGUGUUCAGGAAGCUGUAGACUGCGCAACGCUCGGCAACGCGGGUUGCCAAGGCGGGGACAUCUGCCUACUCCUCGACUGGCUCAUGAUCUCCAAAACAGCGGUCCAAACAGCCGCGGAAUACCCGCUACGUCUCAUGGAUGGCAUUUGCAGACUUAGUAAGAAUGCUACUGGUGUGAGGGUCAGGACAUUUACUUGUGACGAUUUCGUGGGCGCUGAAGACAAGAUACUAGAAGCCCUCGCCACGCACGGGCCGGUGGCUGUGGCGGUCAACGCCCUGACGUGGCAGAACUAUCUCGGUGGGGUCAUUCAGUACCAUUGCCCUGGCGCCUCGACGGACUUAAACCACGCGGUGGAACUGAUCGGGUACGACCUGUCGAGCGACGUGCCGCACUACGUGGCCAAGAACUCGUGGGGCGGCGAGUUCGGCAACGGCGGGUACGUCAGCCUCGCCGUCGGCACCAACGUGUGCGGGCUUGCCAACGAGGUGGCUAGUGUCGACGUGCUCUAG